AAAAAGUGUCGUACUGGACUCUGGCAGCUCGAGCCCCACCACUUCAGUUUAACCUCUCAAGAUGCACAGAGCUGGAGCUGCGUUACAGCGUCAUGGGCGGGCAGUAUCAACGCUGGGGCGGACAGCGUUGGAUCGCCUCACUGGAAAACCAGUUGCUGUUCACACCUCAGCCCCAACUAUUUCUGCUCUUAACAGACGUGAAGUUCACACAACUAUAACAACACAAGAUAAAAAGAAGAAAAACAAGGUCCCAAGACCAACUCUCACUAAGAGAAUACCAUCACCAGAAGUGAAGAAAGCUGCUGCAAAAGUUGCUGGUUGGAAGGAUUCUUGGGACACUAAGAAAAACUCAAUCACCACUGACGCAGCUCUAAAUGCUGCACGAGGCUCCAAGGACAACACAGGUUCUAAGUCAACAAAUAAAUCUUCCAAACCAAAAGUGCCCAAGCUUGUAGAUGGUCCCAGUACUGCAGGACUUAAGGGUGCUACUUUAGAGUAUAUUAUCCGUGCCAAACCAGAAAUACUUAAACCAGCAGCUGUUGACUCAUCUUCAUCAGAGUCAGAUGGAGUACCUUCAAAAUCUGCUGCAUCGGCAGAAAAAAUUCCAGAACCAGUUCCAGAAGCUAUAGCAGAGCCAGCUGUUCCAUCAGCGGCAGCAAAACAUGUUGCUGAAGCAGCACCAGCAACAGAACCAAUUGCUGAAGCAGCACCAGCAACAGAACCAAUUGCUGAAGCAGCACCAGCAACAGAACCAGUUGCUGAAGCAGCACCAGCAACAGAACCAGUUGCUGAAGCAGCACCAGCAACAGAACCAAUUGCUGAAGCAGCAGCAACAGCUGAAGCAGCACCAGCAACAGAACCAAUUGCUGAAGCAGCACCAGCAACAGAACCAGUUGCUGAAGCAGCACCAGCAACAGAACCAAUUGCUGAAGCAGCACCAGCAACAGAACCAGUUGCUGAAGCAGCACCAGCAGCAGAACCAGUUGCUGAAGCAGCACCAGCAACAGAACCAGUUGCUGAAGCAGCACCAGCAACAGAACCAAUUGCUGAAGCAGCACCAGCAACAGAACCAGUUGCUGAAGCAGCACCAGCAACAGAACCAGUUGCUGAAGCAGCACCAGCAACAGAACCAGUUGCUGAAGCAGCACCAGCAACAGAACCAGUUGCUGAAGCAGCACCAGCAACAGAACCAAUUGCUGAAGCAGCACCAGCAACAGAACCAGUUGCUGAAGCAGCACCAGCAACAGAACCAGUUGCUGAAGCAGCACCAGCAACAAAACCAGUUGCUGCAGCAGCACCAGAACCAGUUGCUGAAGCAGCAGCUGCAGCAGCACCCACAGCAGAACCAGUUGCUGAAGCAGCACCAGCAGCAGAACCAGUUGCUGAAGCAGCACCAGCUGCAGAACCACAGCAGCAGCAGAACCAGUUGCUGAAGCAGCACCAGCAGCAGAACCAGUUGCUGAAGCAGCACCAGCUGCAGCUGCAGCAGCAUCCAGUAAAACCAGUUGCUGAAACAGCGGCAGCAGUAGGACCAGUUGCUGAAGCAGCACCAGCUGCAGAACCAGUUGCUGAAGCAGCAUCAACAGUAAAACCAGUUGCUGAAACAGCAGCAGCAGUAGGACCAGUUGCUGAAGCAGCACCAGCAGCAGAACCAGUUGCUGAAGCAGCAUCAGCAGUAAAACCAGUUGCUGAAACAGCAGCAGCAGUAGGACCAGUUGCUGAAGCAGCACUAGCUGCAGAACCAGUUGCUGAAGCAGCAUCAGCAGUAAAACCAGUUGCUGAAACAGCAGCAGCAGCAGAACCAGUUGCUGAAGCAGCACCAGCAACAGAACCAGUUGCUGAAGCAGCACCAGCUGCAGAACCAGUUGCUGAAGCAGCAUCAGCAGUAAAACCAAUAGCUGAAACAGCAGCAGCAGUAGGACCAGUUGCUGAAGCAGCACCAGCAGCAGAACCAGUUGCUGAAGCAGCAGCAGCAGAACCAGUUGCCAAAGCAGCAGCAGCAGAACCAGUUGCUGAAGUUGUACCAUCAAUACCAUUAGCUGAGGCUGCAGCAGCUGAGCCAAUUGCUGAAGGAGUACCAGCAGCACAACCAGCUGCUGAAGCUGCAGCAGCAGUACCAGUAACUGAAGCUGCAGCAGUAGAACCAGUUCCUGCAGCAGCAGCAGCACCAGGAACUGAAGCUACAGUAAUAGAAUCAUUUGCUGAAUCUGCAGCAGCAGCAGCAUCAGUUGCAGAAGCAGUAGCUGAAGUUGCAGCAGCAGAACCUUUUGAUGCUAUAGAAGAACCAGUUGUUGAAGUAGUUCGAGAACCAACUGCUGAGGCUUCUCCUGAAGUAGUAGCAGCUGCUGCUGUAGCUGCUGCAGAGUCAGCAUCUAAAACAGUGACUGAUGAAGGUGAUGUGGUCUCAGGAGUAGGACAAGUGACAGCAGUUAUUGGGGCUGUUGUAGAUGUAAAAUUCAAGGGAGAGCUCCCUCCAAUCCUCAAUGCCCUGGAAGUUAAGGACAGACAUCCUCGUCUUGUGCUGGAAGUCGCUCAACACCUCGGGGGUAACACUGUACGCACAAUUGCCAUGGACGGGACAGAAGGCCUUGUUCGUGGGCAGCCGGUCACUGACUCAGGAGGACCCAUCUCCAUCCCGGUGGGUCCAGCAACCUUAGGCAGAAUCAUUAAUGUUAUUGGAGAACCAAUUGAUGAGCGCGGACCAGUUAACACACCUUUCUUUGCUGCCAUUCACGCCGAUGCUCCUGAAUUUGAGGAGAUGAGCGUAGAGCAGGAGAUCUUGGUAACAGGAAUUAAGGUUGUGGACAUGUUAGCACCUUACUCCAAAGGUGGAAAGAUUGGUCUGUUUGGUGGUGCUGGUGUGGGCAAGACUGUGCUUAUAAUGGAACUUAUCAACAAUGUGGCCAAGGCUCACGGUGGCUACUCCGUGUUUGCUGGUGUUGGUGAGAGGACACGAGAAGGUAAUGACCUCUACCACGAGAUGAUUGAAUCUGGUGUUAUAUCCUUGACAGAUGAAACGUCUAAGGUGGCACUAGUGUAUGGUCAGAUGAAUGAGCCACCGGGCGCCCGUGCUCGUGUAGCUCUCACAGGACUGACAGUUGCCGAGUACUUCAGAGAUAAGGAAGGUCAAGAUGUACUGUUCUUCGUGGAUAAUAUUUUCAGGUUCACACAAGCUGGUUCUGAGGUGUCUGCAUUGCUAGGUCGUAUACCUUCAGCCGUGGGGUACCAGCCGACCCUGGCCACUGAUAUGGGCAGCAUGCAGGAGAGAAUUACCACCACAAAGAAAGGUUCCAUCACUUCUGUCCAGGCUAUUUACGUGCCAGCCGACGACUUGACGGACCCUGCCCCAGCCACUACGUUUGCUCAUCUGGACGCCACUACAGUACUUUCCCGAGGCAUAGCAGAGCUGGGGAUCUAUCCUGCCGUUGACCCCCUGGAUUCCACUUCAAGAAUUAUGGACCCAAAUGUUAUCGGUCUGGAACAUUAUUCAAUUGCCCGUAGUGUGCAGAAAAUCCUUCAGGACUACAAAUCAUUACAAGAUAUUAUUGCUAUUCUGGGCAUGGAUGAACUGUCUGAGGAAGACAAACUAACAGUAUCAAGAGCCCGCAAAGUUCAGAAGUUUAUGUCACAGCCAUUCCAGGUUGCAGAAGUUUUUACAGGCUAUGAAGGAAAGUUCGUCUCCCUUGAAAACACAAUUAAGAGUUUCGGGGACAUUUUGUCUGGAAAAUAUGACCACCUUCCUGAGGCAGCAUUCUACAUGGUUGGAGACAUUGAGGAAGUCGUCGAAAAAGCAAAGCAACUCUCUCAGUGAUAAAUAAUACAGCUGGAUGAAGAAUACAUACAGAAGAUGAACAUGAAGUUACAGUUGGAUGGAGAAUACAUGAGGAACACAUGCAGAACUUCAAAGUUACACUGACCAGAGCAGCUUCUCUAAAUUACAAGUCAAAUACAGUACAGUACUGUAUUAUGAAAACAAAUCUAGUACAGUAUUACAGCAACGUACUCUACUUUUACACCGGAUGUACAGUUGCAGAAAUGUAUUCCUACACCCCUGUGGUAACCCAUAUCUCCAAACAGCCAACCUAUAUCAAACCUAUCCACCAAUCAUGUCCUUCGUUACACUACUAAUACCCAUUCAUUCACAAAUAGUGAUAUUACUACUACGAUGUUGCCGUUUGGAGAUGGGGUGUAGGAACACAUUUCCGCAACUGUGACGUAAUCUGUAGUUAAAACUGUUACUGUAUACCUGUCAGUAAGUAUUAACAAAGUUUAUUGAAAUUACAAGUAAAAUGACUUAGUGCACUUAAAAUUAUACACAUUACAUCAGAAUGAAUGACACUUUAAGCAUUAUACAUACUGUACAUGCAUCCAUCUGUUUUGCUAAUACUGCAUAUUAUUAUUCAUUAAUUUAUUUCUUAAUAGUGAAUGUAUCAAUAGUUCAGAAGCAGCAUUAAUACUGAUUUCAUAAUCACAGAAAUAUAUGAAUCCAAGCACUAAAUCUGACUUCUAAAAGAACCAAAAAUUUAUUAAUCUGGUGGAUAUUUACAAAUACAGUACAGUACAGUACAGGUAGUAUCUUAAAUGUUGACAAAAUACCAUUGUAAUUUUUGAUGAAAGAAAUUCUCAGGAAACUGUAUUUCUACAUUUUUAAAUGAUAUGCAGUACAUAACCUUUUUAUAAUAAGUACAUAAUUACCGUCAUGAAUCAUAAUCUAACACUUUUACAGAUUUUUAAUACAAGUACUUACAAAAGCUAAGGUGAAAUAGGAUUUUUCUUGUAAUUCAAUUUUGUAUUAGAAGCAGAAAAGAGUGGGAUAGAUACCAUGAAAUUUGUCAUUCGCAAAGUUGUGGUCUGUAGUGUUGCUGUCAAGUAUUAGGUUCAUAGAUGCAAAGUAACUCACUCAGGGUAAAAAACUCUGUUGUGCUGUAAAUUAUAAUAUUGUAAAAGAGGGUUGGCUAUUGUGCGUAUAUUUUAAUUAAUGUUUUUUAUCUAGUGGUAUAAGCAAAUAAAUUUAAUAUAAAA